CUCUUUCUGUAGUUUUUGCACAACAAAUCAAAUCCAUUAUGGCUGCCCACAGGAUAGCAUGUUUAGGGUUAAAUGCCCUUUAUUCCACUGUCUACGCCCCUAAGCAGGCCCUGAGGAGCUGCUGGGGGGCUGUGGAGCAGGUGAGGGGUUACUAUGUUGACUGGAGGAUGCUGAGAGAUGUCAAGAGAAGACAGAUGGCCUUCGAUUAUGCUGAUGAGAGGCUACGAAUCAAUGCACUGAGGAAGAACACCAUCCUACCCAAAGAGCUUCAGGAGGUGGCGGAUAAAGAGAUUGCAGCGUUACCCAGAGACAGCUGUCCUGUGAGGAUACGCAACAGGUGUGUGAUGACUUCCCGACCUAGAGGAGUGAAACGGAGGUGGCGACUUAGCCGGAUUGUCUUCCGUCACCUAGCUGACCACAACCAGAUGUCUGGUAUUCUGAGGGCAAGGUGGUGACUUGGGCUCCAGUGGAUGCUACAAGAUCGGAUAGUGACAAAUGGUUUCAGUGGCUGUGAUCAGAACAUCAGCGUACACAGACUUUCAGGAGUUAUUACAGGAGCUGAUUAUAAAAAAAACAUAUACAUCACUGUCCACAAAAGGCUCGGAGGCUUUGAUGUUUAAAAUGAACCAAGAUUUUUUUGCAGCAUAUUUUCAGUAUUUUGUGUAUGUCGAAGAGAAUCUGUCAUUUCUCUACAUGAUGUUUGUUCAGGGCAGUAUGUUGCUUUUAUUUCCCUAUGGCUGAAUAAACAUGAAAAAUGACAGCACAUGUAAUAUUUAAAGAGAAAAUGAUAAUGUGGCUUCUCAGAAAACUACAUGUCCCUGUAACUUAACAAAAAUGGAUUAAUAAAUACUGUUGUACAUUA